AGGAGGAGGAGAAAGAGGAGGAGGAAAAAGAGGAGGAGGGAGGGCCGGAAACGGAAGUGGUGGGGCAGUUUUCGGUUGUAGCGGCGGGACCUUCCUCCUCCUCUUCCUCCUCCUCCUCCUCUUCCUCCUCCGUCCUCCUCCUCCCCAGCCCGGGCUCCACAGGAAGGCCUUCAGCCAUGGGGAACACCAGCAGCGAGCGGGAGCGGGCCGGGAUGGAGCGGCACGGGGGCCACAAGCCGGCCCGGAGGGACAGCUCGGGGGGAGCCAUCACCACCAAGGACGGGGACCGGCCUAAGAUCCUGAUGGACAGCCCCGAGGACACCGACCUCUUUCACUCCGAGGAGAUCAAGGCUCCCGAGAAAGAAGAAUUCCUCGCCUGGCAGCACGAUUUGGAGGUGAACGACAAAACUCCCACGCAGGCCCGCCCAACGGUGUUCCGUUGGACAGGGGGAGGAAAAGAAGUAUACUUAUCGGGAUCCUUCAACAACUGGAGCAAACUUCCCCUUACAAGAAGCCACAAUAACUUUGUCGCGAUCCUGGACCUGCCCGAAGGAGAACAUCAAUACAAGUUCCUCGUGGACGGCCAGUGGACCCACGACCCUUCUGAGCCUGUAGUAACCAGCCAGCUCGGCACGCUUAACAACGUCAUUCAGGUGAAGAAAACGGAUUUCGAAGUGUUCGAUGCUUUAAUGGUGGACUCCCAGAAGUGCUCCGACAUGUCUGAGUUGUCCAGCUCGCCCCCGGGACCCUAUCACCAGGAGCCUUACGUGAAUAAGCCAGAGGAGCGGUUCAAGGCCCCGCCCAUCCUCCCUCCCCACCUCCUCCAAGUUCUCCUCAACAAGGACACCGGCGUUUCCUGCGAUCCCGCUCUGCUGCCCGAACCCAACCACGUGAUGCUCAACCACCUGUACGCCCUCUCCAUCAAGGACGGCGUGAUGGUGCUGAGCGCAACCCACCGCUACAAGAAGAAGUACGUCACCACCUUGCUGUACAAGCCCAUCUGAGGGGCCGGCACAGCCUCCCGGCCGGGCCGCCCCAGGGAACAAGCUCAUUCUCCCGCACCCCCUUUCUGAACCCCCUCCCCUCCUCCCCCUGAGAGAAGGCUCUCCCCCCGCAGCCCCGGCCGACCCGGAACGCCUUUCGGCCAGGCCGAUCCGGAGUAGCCGGUCUGACCGCUGACCGACUCGGAAAAGCCUCGGGGAUUUAAAGUCUCAGAAGCAGAAGCUCAGUUACGUAACAUCGAAAGCCAAGUCCGCCAACCAGCCCGAGGGAAGGAAGCCUCUUCAAAACAGGCACAGACAAAGUGUUCUCCUUCGAACGGGGAGGUGAGGGGGUGGAUGGCGCUCGAGGGUGACACUUUCUGCUAUUUUAAUAUCAGCGACUUCUUUUUAGAAGCAUAUUAGCGGGGCUUCAGUAGGAUGAAGUAUUGAUGGCGGAGGCCUUGCGAAUCCAAGCAAUAGAUUUCAGCCACCUCUUAAGUUCCGGGAGGAGAGGUGAAAUUUGUAUUAGGCCUGUUUUCUAGAUGAAGCUAUUACACCUCAAUUUCUCACACUUUAUGUGCACUAAGUAUUUUUUUAAUGAGAUGGCUGUAUAUAGAUAUGGAGAUGUGUGUGUGUGUGUGUAUAUAUACACACACUAUAUAUGUGUGUGUUUGUAUGUGUAUAUAUAUAUACACACACACACACACAGUCUUUUCAGGGCAGUUGUUUUUAAUUGCCAGGAUUAAAGUAUGGCAGUCAUUUAAAAGUG